AUGAGUGCUUAAUAAAGAAGACUAUAAGAAUAAAUGCGUAAGUUGGGAUACUAACCUGCUAAAAAAAGCCAGUUUUAGUUAAAACCUGUUUCAAUAGGCAGGUAACUGAAAACACUUCCAGAUAUUCCAAUUACAUAAAGGGUAGAAGUUUCCCCAUAAGGGGCUUAAAAAUUAUAAAACAUAAUUAGUACAUAUCGAGCCUCUAAUGCUAAUAUUAGAAUAACUUCCAAGAGAACUUCUAUCUAACGAAUGUCCAUUAAAGAAUAAAUAAAGAAUUAUGUCAAAUACCAAAGUAGUAUAUAACUUGAUGGCUUGGAUGCACUCCGAAAUCUUAUUAAAAACGGAGAUUCCUUAAGUCUAGAGAUCAAUAAGUCAUAAAGUAUUGAAUUCUUUGUUGGAUCAUUGAGUGAUGGACAUGGAGAGUUUGGAUCCUAAAUUUCUUCUUUAAUUACAGAAUUUUAUAUAGAAGAAUUAAAAAAAUUGUUUGCUUCAGUCCCCUUAUUAGCACUGAGUCUAACCUUAAAAGAUAAUUUGAAGAAAAUAUAUUAGCAGAUUGAAUAAAAAAUAAUCGGGUAGACUUUAAUUGAUACUAGAUUAAGUGGAGCCUCACUGCUCAGUUUAAUUAUCGUUAACAACAUGAUCUAUUGUUCAAAUUUGGGAGACUCAAAGGCUGCCUAUUACUUUAAAUCAGAUCAAUAAAAUGAUAAUCCAAAAGAAAUAAGAAAAUUUGUUUAAAUAAAUUUAAAUUCAAUACAUGACACAAAUAGUGGAAAGGAAGUUGAUAGGAUAAUAAGAAAGGGAGGGAAAAUAGAUUAGGCUAUUUUCAAAGGAUAAAAGGAAGGCAGUUUGAAAGUUUGGGUUCCAAAAUAAAAUUAUCCUGGUAUCAAGAUAACAAGAUGCUUUGGAAAUUAGAUUGGAAAAUCUAUUGGAAUUUCAGCUGAUCCUGACUUUUUGGAAUUUAAAAUUCCUAAGUCAGGAUAUCUUCUGAUUGCAAGCACUGGAUUAUGGGAGAAAUUGGAUAUACUCAUGAUUGACAAAAUCUUAGAGAAUAAUUAUCCUCCUGAAUCUUGGGCUGAUGUUGACAAGGCUACAAAAUAGUUAGGAAAUGAAACCAAGAAGUUUUGGGAUGUUGAUGGAUAAGGAUCUGUAGACAUAUCUUUAAGCUUAGUUUACAUUUCCUUAGAAAAGUGA